AUGGAGUCGUGGGAUUCGAGCACGCUAUCGACGGUCAAGAAGAUCCCGCUGCUGACGCACAAGGCGGGCCCCCGGGACGGCGACGCGUGGGUCGCGCGCCUCAAGGAGGAGUACACCGCGCUCAUCGGGUACGUGCAGUCGAACAAGGCGAACGACAACGACUGGUUCACCGUGAGCAGCAACAAGGAAGGGACGAAGUGGAGCGGGAAGUGCUGGUACGUCCACGAGCUCGUGAGGUACGAGUUCGCCCUGCAGUUCGAGGUCCCGGUGACGUACCCGGCGACGCCGUUCGAGAUCGAGCUCCCGGAGCUGGACGGGAAGACCGCGAAGAUGUAUAGGGGCGGGAAGGUGUGCCUGACGAUUCACUUCAAGCCGCUGUGGGCGAAGAACGCGCCGCACUUUGGGAUCGCGCACGCGCUGUGCUUAGGGUUAGCGCCGUGGCUCGCCGCGGAGGUGCCGGCGCUCGUCGAGCGCGGCGUCAUCGAGGAGUUCGCGAAGUGA